GGCGAAGGUAAACAUCAGGGGCUUCUUCUCUUGCUGCUCCGGCGUGAAGUCCUAAGGGCGGCUCCGAUGUCCACCACCGCCCCUUGUCACGAGCGGACGCGGCCCGGCGGAAUCUGCCGUCGAGGUCUCGCUUUUCCCGCCGGCUCCGCUGGAAGCCGCCUCCUGGCCGCCGCCAUCUUGAAUCCGCCGCUCUCCGCUAGGGCCCGCCCCCUCCGCGGCCACAGCCAAUCAGCGGCUGGAACGCGCGGCGCCUCUCGGGCAGGCCGGGGCGGGGCUGAGCCUGCGUCGGCGACAGGCCGGGCGCGGAGUACGCCGGGAGGGGCGGGGGUGUGUGGCUACCAGGAGGAGGUGUGGCGGGUGCUGGGCCGCAGGCUGGAUCCUCUAGUGACCCCUGCGCCCUUCGGUCCCGGAUGGCUUGGGCUUGCUCACUUCCGACAGAGAAAAACCAAAGGCGACGGUGCGCAUUCGGAGAAAAAGACGGCGAAGAGGAAGGGCUCGGCUGUCGCUGCGCCUGUCCAGGAGGAGAGUCCGGUAGCCAAGGACCACAGCGAAGCCCGUGGAGGAGGGGACAUUUACAAAAGCCCAUCAUGUGACCAUACCCCUGAUGGGGCAGGAGGGGCCUUUGCAGCUCAGCUGGAGGACUGUGAUGGAGAAAAGAGAGAGGACUUGGAACAGCUGCACCACCAUUCUGGAUGGUGGAACAUUGACCACCAUCCGGAGCAGCGUGGAGUCAUCACCAUCAGUGACCACCAUCCAGGACAGUGUGGGACCAUCACCAUCAGUGACCACCAUCCUGAACAGCGUGGGGUCAUCACCAUCAGUGACCACCAUCCGGAGCAGCGUGGGGUCAUCACUGUCAGUGACCACCAUCCGGAGCAGCGUGGGACCAUCACCAUCAGUGACCACCAUCCGGAGCAGUGUGGGACCAUCACCAUCAGUGACCACCAUCCGGAGCAGCGUGGGGUCAUCACCGUCAGUGACCACCAUCCAGGACAGUGUGGGACCAUCACCAUCAGUGACCACCAUCCAGAACAGCGUGGGACCAUCACAAAGGAGUGUGAACAAGAAUGUGAACUUGCCGUUGCUGACAUGGAGAGCCGGUGUGAAGAUGAGGCUGGCCCGCAGCAGAGUCAGGCAGUGCACGGCCUUGAACUGGAGGCGCUGCGCCUCAGCCUGAGCAACAUGCACACGGCGCAGCUGGAGCUGACGCAGGCCAACCUCCAGAAGGAGAAGGAGACGGCGCUGACGGAGCUGCGGGAGAUGCUCAACAGCCGGCGUGCCCAGGAGCUGGCCCUGCUGCAGAGCCGGCAGCAGCACGAGCUGGAUCUCCUCCGGGAGCAACACGCACGGGAGAAGGAGGAGGUGGCGCUCAGGUGUGGACAGGAAGCAGCUGAGCUGAAGGAGAAAUUACAAUCAGAAAUGGAGAAAAACGCCCAGAUAAUAGAGACCCUGAAGGAAGACUGGGAAUCUGAGAAAGAUUUAUGUUUAGAAAAUCUACGCAAAGAAUUGUCUGCAAAGCAUCAGUCAGAAAUGAAGGAUUUACAAAAUCAGUUUCAGAAAGAAUUGGCAGAACAGAAAGUUGAGUUGGAGAAGAUUUUUCAAGACAAAAAUAAGGCUGAAUGGGCCCUUAGGAACCUGGAGAAUCAGCAUCAAGCAGCCAUUGAAAAGUUACGUGAAGACCUGCAGUCCGAGCACUGCCGGUAUUUAGAAGACUUGGAGUUAAAGUUCAAAGAAAAUGAAAAAGAAAAACAGCUGGAGUUAGAGAAUCUUCAAGCAUCAUACGAAGACCUGAAGGUGCAGUCACAAGAAGAGAUCAGGCAUCUGUGGUCCCAGCUUGAUUCUACAAGGACCAGUAGACAGGAACUGAGUGAGUUGCAUGAGCAGCUCCUGGCACGCGCCUCUCACGUGGAAGAUUUGGAACAGCUGAAGCAAGGCUUUGAACAGCAGCAACAGGAAGCAAAAAUCCAGCAUGAGUCUGAACUGGAGCAUCUGAGGAUCUAUUUUGAAAAGAAGUUAAGGGACGCUGAAAAAACUUACCAGGAAGACCUAACCCUAUUACAGCAGAGGCUGCAGGGGGCGAGGGAAGAUGCUCUUCUGGAUUCUGUGGAAGUCGGUUCAUCCUGCAUGGGUUUCGAAGAGACACCUGAGAAAGAAAGAAAAGAUCACCUUGAUAAACUCGAGGCUGAGCAACAUAAGGAGGGCCUGCCAUGCUUCCAAGUUCAGCUGGGAGAGAGCCAUAGGCACCAGUUGGAAGCGCUGGAGUCAGCUCUCUGUAUCCAGCACGAGGGGCAUGUCUCAGACAGACUCCACGUGGAGGCUGCAGCAUUGGGACAGGCGUGGCAUCAGGAGCCCUCUGAAGGGCACAGCCGAGAGCUCCCCUGGGUACAUCUUCAGGAUGGGGCCGUGGAGGCUGACACAGAGGUGGCAGCCAGAGUCUUGGGUCUGGAAACGGAGCACAAGGUUAAACUUUCACUUCUUCAUACUGAGCUCAAGGAAGAAAUUGAACUCCUAAAAAUAGGAAAUAGGAAUUUGUCCGAGAAGUUGCAGCAUGAAAUCCGUCUGAAGGAGGACUUGGAGAAGGUAAAGCACAGUUUAGUUGAAGACCACCAGGAAGAACUAAAUAAUGCUAUGCAAAAGAUUCAGCUGAUCAAACAGGAAUUCAAAAAAAAAGAAGUGGACUGGAAAGUUGCAAGGGAGGAGCUGCAGCGGGAAGCUGAGGAGAAAUUAACAUUGAUGCUUCUUGAACUAAGACAGAAGGCCGACUCUGAGAAACAGUCCAUUGUAAACAAGUUUGAGCUUCGAGAAGCUGAAAUGAGGCAGCUUCAGGACCAGCAGGCAGCCCAGAUCCUGGAUCUGGAGAGGUCCUUGACGGAGCAGCAGGGCCGCCUGCAGCAGCUGGAGCAGGAGCUCGUGACAGACGAAGCCCUGCGCUGUAGCCAUUGUGGGCGGGAGCCACCCACAGCCCAGGAUGGGGAGCUUGCUGCACUUCGAGUGAAGGAGGACUGUGCCCUGCAGCUGAUGCUGGCCAGGAGCAGGUUUUUAGAGGAACGUAAAGAGAUCACUGAGAAAUUCAAUGCGGAGCAAGAUGCUUUCCUGCGGGAGGCCCAGGAGCAGCACGCCCAGGAGCUGCAGCUCCUCCAGGAGAAACACCAGCAGCGGCUUCUGUCCGUGACAGCAGAGCUCGAGGCCAGACACCAGGCCGCGAUGGGCGAGCUGACAGCCUCCUUAGAGAACAGGCAGGGGGCUCUGCUGGCCGCACGUGUGGCUGAACUUCAGACAAAACAUGCUGCUGACCUCAGCGCUCUGGAGACCAGACAUCUGUCAAGCCUGGAUUCUUUGGAAUCCUGUUACCUGGCUGAAAUUCAGACCAUCCGUGAGGAGCACAGGCGGGCCCUAGAGCUCUUACGAGCAGACUUUGAGGAGCAACUGCGGAAAAAGGACUCUCUUCACCGAACAAUUUUGACUCAAGAGUUGGAGAAACUGAAGCAGAAACAUGACGGGGAGCUGCAGUCUGUGCGGGACGGCCUGCGAGCCAAAACGAGCCCAGAGCUCGCUAGGACUGUGGCUCACCAGCUGCAGGAAGCGCAUCAGGGUGAAUUUGGAAGUGAAAAGAAAGCUACAUUGCCUGAAAAAGAAGAGACACGUGGGCUCCAGAGUGCACAGGCACAGCCUUUUCACCAAGAGGAGAAAGAGUCUUUGUCUCUACAGCUUCAAAAGAAGAAUCACCAAGUCCAGCAGCUGAAAGACCAGGUUGUCUCCUUGAGUCACGAGAUAGAAGAGUGCCGUGCUGAGCUGGAGGCGCUGCAGCAGAGGCGGGAGCGGGAGAACCAGGAAGCUGCAAACCUUCUCUCCAUGCUCAAGGCCGACGCCGACCUGUCCCAGAGCAAGAGAGGGGCCCUCCAGGACGCCCUGCGCAGGCUGCUGGGUUUGUUUGGAGAGACACUGAGGGCAGCCAUCACCCUGAGGAGCCGGAUUGGGGAGCGUGUGGGGCUCUGUCUGGACGACGCGGGCACAGGCCUGGCCCUGUCGGCAGCUCCGGCGCUGGAGGAGACAUGGUCGGAUGUAGCCCUGCCAGAGUUGGACAGAACCGUAUCUGAAUGUGCGGAGAUGUCUUCUGUGGCUGAGAUUAGCAGCCACAUGCGUGAAAGCUUUCUCAUGAGCCCAGAAAGUGUGCGGGAAUGUGAGCAGCCCAUCCGGAGGGUCUUCCAGAGCCUCAACCUGGCCGUGGACGGACUCCUGGAGAUGGCCCUGGACUCUAGCAGGCAGUUGGAAGAAGCACGCCAAAUUCAUUCUCGUUUUGAAAAAGAAUUUAGUUUUAAAAAUGAGGAGACGGCACAGGUUGUCAGGAAGCACCAAGAGCUGCUGGAGUGCUUGAAGGAGGAGAGCGCAGCAAAGGCGGAGCUGGCGUUGCAGCUGCACAAGACUCGGGGUACCCUCGAGGGAUUCAAGGUAGAGACUGCAGAUCUGCAGAAGGCGCUGGCCGGGAAGGAGGAUUCCGAGCACCGCCUGGUUCUGGAGCUGGAGAGCCUGAGGCGGCAGCUGCAGCAGGCAGUGCAGGAGCAGGAGGCACUGAGGGAGGAGUGUGCCCGUCUGUGGAGCCAGAGGGAGGCCGCAGCCACGGAUGCUGAGGCCAGAGAAGCUGCUCUCCGGAAGGAAGUGGAGGAUCUGGUCACGGAACGGUCAGAGACCAAGAAACAGGCUGAGAAGGACCGCUCAGCCCUGCUCGCCCAGAUGAAGAUUUUGGAAAUGGAGUUGGAAGAACAGCUGUCUCAGCAUCUUGGGUGUGCCAAGCAAGCAGAGGCUGUCACCACCCUGGAACAGCAGGUGGCGUCUCUGGACAAGCAUUUGCGCAGCCAGCGGCAAUUCAUGGAUGAGCAGGCCGCCGAGAGGGAGCAUGAGCGUGAGGAGUUCCAGCAGGAGAUUCAGAGGCUGGAGGGGCAGCUCCGCCAGGCGACCAAGCCACAACCCUGGGGCCCUCACGACAGCCAGCAAGCACCGCUGGAUGGAGAGGUUGAGUUGUUACAACAAAAGUUGAGAGAAAAGUCGGAUGGAUUUAAUGAAUUGGCUCUACAGAAAGAGUCGGCAGAUAGACAAGUGUCAAUGCAGGAAGACGAGAUUAAACGUCUGGAGGAGAUGAACGUCAACAUGAGAAAAACAGUGGCCCAGCUCCAGGAAGAACUAGAAAACCAGAAAAACGUUGUGAAAGAGUUGGAACAAGAUAAAGAGGCGUUAAAGGAACAGCAGAUGAGUAGCUUGCUUCUGGCGUCCACGUUGCAGUCUACACUGGAUGCAGGCAGAUGUCCUGAGCCUCCUUCAGGCAGCCCUCCACAGGGUCCAGAAGCCCCAUUAGAGGUGACACAGAGCACACUCCUGCAGCGAGAGAGCGAGGUUUUGGACUUGAAAGAACAGCUAGAAAAGAUUAAAGGUGACUUAGUAAGUAAGAAUGAAGAAAUACUGCACCUGAACUUAAAAUUAGACAGGCAGAACAACCAGACUGUCAUCAGCCUCAGAGAACUUCAGGAGGAGAACGCGAGCUUGAAGGAAUUUCUGCACAACAAAGAGGAAGAGAUACUGCGUGUGAGCCAGCAGCUGCAGGCACAGCAGGGUGGGAUGGCAAGCCAUGUUCUGGGCGAGGUCACAUAUACCAGAAGCUCUGACAUUGAGGAGCUGAAAGCCACGAUUGAAAAUCUGCACGAGAACCAAAAACGAUUACAGAAGGAGAAAGCAGAAGAAAUUGAACAGCUCCAUGAAGUCAUUGAGAAGCUGCAGCAGGAGCUGUCCCUCAUGGGGCCCGUGCUGCACGAAGUCAGCCACAGUCAGGCUGGCAGUCUGCAGAGCGAGCUGCUCUGCUCCCAGGCUGGGGGCCCUAGUGGGCAGGCGCUGCAGGGCAAGCUUGAGGCCGCGCUCGAAGCCAAGGAGACUGUGAGCCGGCUGCUGGCUGAGCAGGAGCAUGGGCACAGCCAGGCCCUGCAGGCCCUGCAGCAGCGCCUCCAGGAUGCAGAGGAGGCUGCGGAGCGGCAGCUGGCUGAGCUGGAGCGCAGUGCAGCCCUCAGGGAGGCUGAGGUCCAAGGCAUGGCCUCCAGGAUCCAGGAGUUUGAAGCAGCCCUGAGAGCGAAGGAAGUGGUGAUUGCCGAGAGAGAUUUAGAAAUCCACGCUCUGAACCAGCGGAAGGCGGCCCACUCUGCUGAGCUGGAGGCUGUAUUGUCAGCCUUGGGCCGCCUCCGCCGCGCCCUGGAGCAGCAGCCCCUGACAGCCCUGGCGGAGCCCCCUGAACUGCAGCAUCUCCGAGCACAGUGCGCCCGCCUCGGCCGCCAGCUGCAGGUACUGCACCAGCGGUUCCUGAGGUGCCGGGUGGAGCUGGACAAGCGGCAGGCCUGCGGCGCUGCAGCUCACACCAGGGUGCCUGGGGUGCACCCACAGCCUUGCGCGGACAGCGACGAAGAGGCCGCCCAUGAUGCUGCUUUGGAGCCAGCUGUCCCCAACCCUUGGGGUGAUCUGCAGCCCGUCCUGGUGAUGAUGAAGGACGCGCCUCUCUGCAAGCAAGAAGGUGUGAUGUCGGUGCUCAGCAUUUGCCAGAGGCAGCUGCAGUCGGAGCUGCUCUUGGUGAAAAAUGAAAUGCGCCUGAGUCUGGAGGAUGGUGGCAAGAGUCGGGAAAAGGCGCCGGAAGAUUGUCAGCUGCCGAAGGUUGACCUCAUAGCUCAGGUGAAACAACUCCAGGAAAAACUGAGCUGUUUGCUGGAUUCCAUGACUUUCCAGGACGUGGACGCUGCUGACAAGAAAUCUCCACGGCCUGUGGCCUUGGCACACCUGCUGGAGAGCCGCUGGAGUGAUGGUUCUCGUGAUGGCGAAGAGCCAGACAGAUCAGCCCCCGUCGAUGUGUGUGAUGCCAAUACAGCCAGAGAGGAGCUAACUGAUGUCAUAAAAGAUCAGGAUUCCUUGAUACCAGAUGAAGUGCCAGAUUCUCCCAAUCAAGAAAAAUCAGAAUGUCAGGAUGGGCCCCAUUCUUCACCCACCAGCCUGCUUGGUGUCCCCCACCACCGGAGCCAUGCCAUGGAGGCCAGGCCCCGGAAGGGCUCAGUCAGGAUGUUGGACCUGUCUUCCUGGAGCUCCCCUGAGGUUCUCAGGAAGGACUGGACCUUGGAGCCCCAGCCCAGCCUCCUCCUGACGCCCCACUCAGGCGCCCUAAGCCUGUGUAGUGCUGACACCUCCCCGCGGGACAGGGCAGAUGCCUCGCUGCUGCAGGCCCAGGGGCUGGGGCUGCUUUGUUACCCAAGCGUGUCUGUAGCAGCGCUGGCCCCGAAGUGGCCUGGGUCUCCGCCAGCUGACCUCCACGUGGAGAGGAUGGCUGUGGAAAAAGAUGUGGAAGAUUUUAUAACAUCCUUUGAUUCUCAAGAAACGUUAAGUUCAUCUCCUCCUGGAAUAGAAGGAAAGACCAGUGGAAGUGAGAAAAGUGAUGGCUCAGGUUUUGGAGCAAGACUGAGGCCAGGGUCCGGAGGCCUUGAGGCUCACACUGCUGGUCCUGUGACCCCUGCUCCCAUCUCUGGAAGGUUUCAGCCACUGCCGGAAGCCAUGAAGGAGAAGGAAGUCCAUCCGAAGCACAUGAAGGCUUUGCUGCAGAUGAUGCGUGAUGAGAGCCACCAGAUCCUGGCGCUGUCAGAAGGCCUCAUGCCCCCCAGUGCUCUGGGCACAGGCGAGCCACACCCAGCCUGGAAGGGAAACGAGGACCUGCCCAGCACGUGCCCUGACUGGAGUGGGGAGUUUCUGCAGGUUGUGCAGGAGGCAUUUGAAAAAGAGCAGCAGAUGCAGGGGGUUGAGCUGCAGCCCCAACUCGGGGGCUCGGAUCCGGGGUGUCGCAGCUCCCUGCUUGAAAGGCUGGAGAAGGUCAUCUGUGAGCAGGGAGACCUGCAGGAAAAGUCACUGGAGCAUCUUCGCCUGCUGGACCGGAGCAGCCUGUUGUCUGAGAUCCAGGCUCUGCGUGCCCAGCUGCGCAUGACACACCUGCAGAACCAGGAGAAGCUGCAGCACUUGCGCAUGGCACUGACCAGCGCGGAGGCGUGUGGGAGCCAGCAGGAGCACCAGCUGCGCAGGCAGGUUGAACUGCUGACCUAUAAAGUAGAGCAGGAGAAGUCCAUUGCAGGCGACUUACAGAAGACACUGAGAGAAGAGGAAGAGAAAGCAAGCGGUCUGCAGAAGCUCCUGGCGGCUGAGCAGAAUGCAGUGUGGGACUUGAAGUCUCAGCUCUGCGAGUGCAGGCAGGAGAGCGAGCGGCUGUCCAGCGCCUUACACGAGGUGCAGCAGGAGGUCCACCAGCUGAGAUCCGUGCUGAGCAGUAAGGAGAACGAGCUGAAGGCCAUGCGUCAGGAGCUGGAGAGCGAGCAGGGGAAGGGGCGUGCCCUGCAGAGCCAGCUGGAGGAGGAGCAGCUGCGGCACCUGCAGAGGGAGGGCCAGAAUGCCAAGGCCCUGGAGGAGCUGCGGGCAUCUUUGGAGACGCAGCGUGCUCAGAGCAGUCGACUCUGCGUGGCACUGAAACACGAGCAGGUGGCCAAGGACAACCUCCAGAAGGAGCUGCGCAUCGAGCACUCACGCUGCGAGGCCUUGUUGGCCCAGGAGCAGACCCAGCUCUCCGAGCUCCAGAAGGACCUGGCGGCUGAGAAGAGCCGUACCCUGGAGUUGUCAGAGGCCUUACGGCACGAGCGGCUCCUGACCGAGCAGCUGAGCCAGAGGACACAGGAGGCUUGCGUGCACCAGGACGCACAGGCACACCACACUCUGCUGCGGAAGCUGAGGGAGGAGAAGUCCCGUGUGGUGGACUUGCAGGCGAUGCUUGAAAAGGUGCAGCAGCAAGCCGUGCGCUCGCAGCAGCAGCUCGAGGCCGAGGCUCAGAAGCACUGUGAGGAGCUCAGGAGAGAGAAGGAGCGGGAAUUAGAACUGCAGCGUCAGCGUGACUUGCAUAAGAUCAAGCAGCUUCAGCAGAUGGUGAGAGACCUGGAGUCGAAGGAUGAGGCACCUGGUGGCCGCCUCCACCCAGAUUCUGCCCACGGGGCUGCCAGCUCGGACGUGGACCACCUCCGGGAACAGCAGCAAGAGCUGGAGGCCAUGAGGCAGCGGCUGCUCUGUGCUGCGGGGCUCCUCACCAGCUUCGCCAGCCAGGCCAUGGGCAGGACAAUUAAUGAUUGGACAUCAUCCAAUCAGAAAGCAGGGGCGUCUUUACUGCACACGUUGGAGGAGCUGAAGUCUGAGUUGAGCAGGCCCACCUCCUCCCAGAAAAAAGCGGCAGCAGAGCUGCAGCUCCAGUUUGUGGACGUCCUGCUGAAAGACAACGUUUCCCUCACCAAAGCCCUCAGCACAGUGACGCGGGAGAAGCUGGAGCUGAGCAGGGCAGUGGCAAAGCUUGAGAAGAUGAUGAAGCAUCACCUGCAGAAGGGCUGUACCCCCAGUAGGCCGGACAGGUCUGCUUGGAAGCCAGAUGAAACGGUUCCAGAGAGUUCCCUGAGGUGCCCAGACCCUGGCCGGCUUCCAUUGGCUGCCAGCAGGGAAGCCAACACCAGCAACGUCAAGACGGAAAAAUUAUACCUACAUUAUUUGAGAGCAGAGAGCUUUAGAAAAGCUCUGAUUUAUCAAAAGAAGUAUCUUUUGCUGUUGAUUGGCGGAUUCCAGGAUUCUGAACAAGAAACGCUCUCCAUGAUUGCCCAUUUGGGGGUAUUUCCUUCCAAAGCCGAGCGGAAGAUCACGUCUCGUCCCUUCACCAAGUUCCGCACGGCUGUCAGGGUGGUCAUCGCGAUAUUAAGAUUGCGUUUUUUGGUUAAGAAAUGGCAAGAAGUAGAUCGGAAAGGAGCCCUGGCACAAGGCAGAGCCCCUCGGCCAGGACCCCGAGCACGACGGCCACAGCAGUCUCCAGCCAGAACCAGAGAGUCCCCCCCAACCCGGGAUGUGCCCUUGGUCCACGCCAGAGACCCCGCCAGAGGCCAUGGACGGGCAGCAGCAGCCUCCCCGCACAGUGGGGAAAGAGCCACUCCAUCCCCAAAUUCAAGAUUAGAAAGAUCUCUGACCGCUUCUCAAGAUCCAGAACAUUCUUUGACAGAGUAUAUUCACCAUUUAGAAGUGAUCCAGCAAAGGCUCGGCGGGGCGAUAGCAGAUUCUGUUUCAAAGAAAUCCUGCCACCAGAAGAUUAAGCACUGAAUAAAAUCCUGUGGCUCUUACCUGUGACAAUUCUAUUUGAGGAAAAGAUUUGUUUUUCCCUUUUCCCACAGAAGCUCGUGGGAUGGCAUGGGCACUACUCUGCACGUGCCGUGACACCAGCCCCCAGAUGCCUUGAAUUAAGUACUUGUCCUCACCUUGACGCAUGGCUGCACAGCCAGAUGGAGUGUUUUCCGUGGAACCCUUCGUGUGUUUCAGGCACGUGACCUUCGUGAGGUAACGCACAACCCUGGCUGUGCCGCUCUGUGCGUGUCGACAGACCCAUCCUUCCUGCCUCCAGGAUGGACACAGAGAAUGGCUUUCUGUUGUUGUGUUUAUUUUCUUAAAGUGUAUAGAUGGAAACUUCACUUAAAAAUAAGAACAGAACAACCCAAAAAGGAAUAAAAUGUAAUCACUGUUUUGUUUAUGAA